AUGGCCCUGAGGGCGGCCGGAGGGAAGCUUGAGGCCACCCCAUCACCUAUGAGUAAGAGUGGGGGUCCCAGGGAAAGUUUGUGCUACGGGUGCGGUGAAAGAGGACACUUCCGUCGGGAGUGCCCUUUGGAUAAUAGGCGUAGGUCAGAUGGAGGGGUAGGUGGGGCAGAGAGACACCCCCCACCCAAUCGAGGUGCCAAUCCAGCAGAGGGGAACCGCGGAGGACCUAGGUUCAGGAAUAGAUCCUCCAGUGAGAAUCGGCCUUCAGGAGCCGUGCGCAUGCUGACCCCGGAUAGAAGUACGGAGGCAGGAAGGCACCCAGUAGAUGAUAGAGUUCAGGGACAACCUACGGAGAAGUCAAGUUGUGACCAGCAAGCAGCUGAGGCCCGCUCUUGCAUGAAGAGCGGGAAGGCACGUAGUGGGCUGAAGGUGAGAUUUGAGCGGUCCAAGUCACCCGAUCUGUUUUCUGAUGAUGAACCUGUGGUUCCGGGGAGGGGAUUCUCAACUCCAACCGACCAGAGUCCUGAGCGUGUGCCGGAUUUCAGUGUAGAGAUUGCCGAGUUUAGGGAGACUGAGGUUGAGGUCAUGGAGGACAUUGAAGAGGACUGGAUGCCCCAGUCCAGUGAGACGGCCGGGGAGGUAGAGGACCUGUGUGUAAUGGUGGGGCAGGUACGCCCACAGACCAGUUACUCGGUUCCAUUGAGGAUCCAAGGGUUAUCUAUAGAGGCCGUGGCGGACACUGGGGCAGAGGUUAGUGUCCUAGGGAAGAUGUUUUAUGACCAGCUAGAACAAAAGCCCCCUAUUAAAAGGCAUGUUACCUUGCUGCAGGCAGGACACGGAGCGAGACUUAAGGGUUUUGUAGCAGGACCAUUUGAUUUUCGUGUGGGCCAGCGCACACUUAAGGUUGACCUGUAUGUUGCUCCUCUCAAGGACCAGAUGCUACUGGGGAUGGACAUCAUGAGAGACCACGGUGCUCAGCUUGACCUGAGGCAUGGGAUACUGAUUCUCGGCGGUGAGACAAUUCAGAUGACCUAUGGACGGGGGAAUGCUCGGACGGAAGCCAAUGUGACUUUGGUGAGGAAGGUUCGAGUUCCUGCAGGCUCUGUAGUCAUGUGCCCUUUUAGGCUAGAGAGAAGACUGUCAGAUUACCUGGUUGUGCCAAGGAUUGAGGACUUGUCGGAUGCCUUACUCAUGCCACAUACGUAUCACGCUGCGGGAGAGGCGUCCCUGGCUUGCUUAGUUAAUGCGUCUGGAAAGGAUGUGUCCUUGGAGGAGGGCAGUGUUAUCGGAGAGGCAGUCGAGGCGGAGCCAUACGUGCCGGUGCCCUAUUUGAUGAGGGAGGUGCGUAGCAUGGCUGAGAGUGGGCCCGAGGGCACACCACCGGAAGUACCCACCCAUUUGCAGGACCUGCUAGAACGAUCCUCUGCGGAGUUGAGUGAUGAGGAGCGGUCCCAACUUGCUAGCCUGCUGUCUGAGUUCCAAGAUGUGUUUGCCCGGAGUGAGUUUGAUUUUGGAAACUUCACUGCCCUUGAGCAUGAGCUUGACACUGCAGAUGCACCGCCAGUCAAGGAGAGGAUGCGGCGUACUCCUGUGUUCUUUGCGGGUGAAGAAGAGGCGCACCUCAAAAAGAUGCUUGACGCUGGAGUGAUCCAGCCCUCCAUGUCCGAGUGGGCUUCAGCGCCAGUCCUCAUCCGUAAGAAGGACGGACAAGUCAGGUGGUGUCUCGACUACCGCCGGUUGAACAAUGUCACCCGGAAGGAUGUUUUUCCCCUUCCCCUCAUUGAUGAGUGCCUUGAUACCCUCUCGGGAAAUGUGUGGUUCUCGAAGCUAGACGCUAACUCCGCAUUUCAUCAAAUUAUGAUCAGCCCCAAGGACAGAAAGAAAACUGCCUUCAUUACCCGGUAUGGCCUAUUUGAGUUCCGGAGAAUGGGGUUUGGUCUCUGUAAUGCCCCUGCUACCUUCUCCCGGGCAAUGAAUUUAGUGUUACGCGGGCUGACCUGGAGUAUCGUUCUGGCCUUCUUGGAUGACGCCCUGGUGCUGGGGAGUGAUUUUGAUGACCACCUGGCUAACUUGCGACAGGUGUUCCAGCGAUUCCGAGAUUAUGACUUGAAGUUCAAGCCCAAGAAGUGUGAGCUGUUCCGGCGCCGAGUGGAGUUUCUGGGAAGGCAGGUCAGUGGAACGGGAGUAGAGAUGGGGGAUGAAUACAUAGAGGCCGUGAAGCAUUGGGAGACUCCCACUAAUGUUAAGGAGGUGAAGCGGUUCCUAGGCUUCGCCAAUUACCAUAGAGGGUUUAUUGCUGGCUUUGCUCAGAUGGCACAUCCCCUGUAUAACAUCACUGGCAAGAAACCCUUUGUUUGGGGACCUGAGCAGCAGACAGCCUUUGAGAACCUCCGGAGAGCCCUCACUUCACCCCCGGUACUGGCUCUGCCUACAGCCAAUGAUCAGUUUGUGCUGGACACAGAUGCGUCUGCAGAAGCCAUAGGAGCUGAGCUGUGCCAAGUUCAAGAGGGGCAGGAGCGAACCAUAGCCUACGGGAGCCUCACCUUGUCCGCGGAGCAGAAAAAAUACUGUACUACUCGGAAAGAGCUCCUGGCCGUCAUCCGGUUCACACGCAUGUAUCGCCAUUAUCUACUAGGCCGGAGAUUUAUUGUAAAUACGGACCACCAUAGUCUCAUCUGGUUGCUGAACUUUAGGUACCCCUAG